AUGUUUUUACGUGAAAGUUUUAAGGGAUUAACAACAUUAAAGGAAUUGAGAAUUCAUAUAAGCUCUUUCUGGUUUAACCCUGCUGUGUUUGUUGGAUUACCUUCAGUACACACCUUAGAUAUGAGCAGAUGCUACCGUCUAGAUAUAGAAGAUCUAGCCGAACAACUAAAAGAGCCGAAUACACUACCUUAUUUACAGAAACUGUAUCUGUCCGAAGUUGGAUCAUAUGUCAAACGUAACAAUAUAAGUCUUUCUGUCGUGGAAGCUCUUUCUCCAAGAAACAUAACAUCUGUAGAAAUCAGCAAAACUCAAAUAACAUUUGCUAAUGUCACGGCGAUAGCUAAAAUUUUGAAGUCACUGGAGAGUGUAAAUACAUCAUAUUCAAGAAUCGCAGACACAUGGUUUGCAGAUAUCACACAGGAAGAUAUGUCACAUGUAAAAGUUGUUGACAUAAGUCACAUGACUUUACCGUCCAAAAUAAUUCGAAUUCUUCCUGGAAAAUAUGUCAUUGCAAACGCAUCUGUCAAAUAUUCUGAUCUGAAGAAUUCAGGUCGGGUGAAAAUUUUAUUUACUCCCUUAGUCAUAAAUGCGAGUGGCAUUAUUCCUCCCAUGACGUCAGCGUGGAUUUAUAACACUACUAUAAUACUUGAUGAAGAAUUACACUGGAAUGUAAAGCAACUGAGCCUUAGGCAGAACAAUAUAAGAUAUGUUGAUGUAGUUGUGAGAUGUCCAAUAUCUAAACUUACAUCUCUUGUUCAUCUGGACUUGUCAGAUAAUAAACUGCAAAUGCUUCAUCCAACGACUUGUAUACCAAAUUUAGAAAACGUUGACUUAUCUAAAAACAAUUUAUUCAAGAUGCUGGAAAAGGAGCCAGAUUUGUUCGAAAAUUUAUUUAAUACCCAAACUAAACUACGAGUCAUUAACCUGUCAAACAAUAAAUUUCCUAUGGUACCUCCGCAAUUAUUCAAACACAGUAAAGAUAUUGAAAUCAUUGAUCUCUCUUACAACAAGCUUGAGCAAUUACACAUCGAUCUAAUGAACUUACAUCAUCUCCGUGUUCUCGAUGUGAGCAAUAAUAUGAUAAAGAUACUUGAUGAAGUGUCCAUUAAAGAUUUAAAUGAAAUUCCAUGUGCAAAGUCGUUGAUCUUUGGAGAAAACCAAUGUUCCAUUGUCUUCACAUCAAACCCGAUCAUAUGUUCAACAUGUGACAGUAAGCCUUUCAUCGAAUGGCUUGUUAAUUCAAAGAAGGUCGGUAGGAAAGUCCAAGGUCUUUCUUGUAUAAGUGAAAAUGGUUUAACUGUAAACGUUGACGAGUCAGUUUUAAGAAAAGUUCAAAAUAUCUGUAAUCGAAGAGUUAUCAUUAUCGUUUCGAUUGUUUCCACAGGUGUAACUUUACUGACAGUUACUACGAUUGUGUCCUUAUUAUAUAGGCGAAAACAAAAGAUCCAGAGAAAUAGAAAAAGGGAGAAUAUAGUAAACUUGUUAAUCGAAGGUGAAGGACAAUACGAGUUUGUGGCUUUUUUGUCGUACAGCAGUAUAGAUAAUCAAUUUGUACAAGAAAACGUGGUUGAUCAACUUAACGAGAAUCUUCAAUUGAUGACCGGGAUCGAUAGGAAUCUUGUUUGCACGGGAGACCAGCAUUUUCGUCCUGGCUUCAUGGUACAUGAUGAGACCAUCAACUGCCUAGAUAGGGCUUCAGUGAUCAUUAUUGUGGUGUCCAAUAACUUCUGCCGCAGUGCGUAUUGUCAAAAUGAAUUUGAUCAGGCCUAUAUGCAGAAGAAGCCAAUAGUUCUGAUGUUAAUGGAACAUGUGGAGGAGGAAUUAAUGACGCCUACACUGAGGCAACUAUACAAGAGGGAUGUUCGGAUUUUGUGGACAGUUGAGAAUGGACAAUAUGUACUGAAAACUGCAUGGGAAAAUGUGUGCAGAUCAAUUCUGGAUAAAGUUCAAGUUUAG